AUGGUAUCCUUGAAACUCAAAAAUCCCAUCAAAGCAAACAUUUCCAAAGAGAUCACAAAACCUUUGCAAGAAAAUGAGCCAUUAGCGAAGAAAAUCGAUGAGAGCGAAUCCGGGCUGAGCAAGCCAGAGCCGGUCAUUCAGACGAAGGGUCGCUUCGAGAUCAAAUCGAACGUCGAGAAGAUUGAUGUGAAAGAGAAAGAGGUCGAAAUGAUCAGCACCGUUCCAGCUGCGUCGGUACCCGCUGUGUCUGCCAAGGCGACGAAUAUGAACGACGGUGCCACACAGACGGAUAAUGAGGAGGAGUGUGCUAAAACUGUGCACAAAGAAGAAUCCUACAGAGGUGUUAAUCUGAGUGACAUCAAAGAGAAGCUUUCAAACAUAAACAACAAUUCGAAAAAAGAAGCAAAAGAGAAAAUGGCAUCGACGACCUCGCAAUCACAAGCGCUAGGGCUAGGUACUCUUCAUCCUGGGAUCAAUUCAGUUCACAGCAACACAUCCUCCAACGCCGAUGAUGAAACUGAUGGCCAGAAUUACAGGGAAGAUAUUACGUCGAAAAUCGCGUUCGGAGCGUCGAGAUCUAUAAAAGACUUUGUGUCUGAGAUGACGGAAGCUUAUACCGAGUAUACUGAGAGGCAAAAUGAAAUGCUCGAGGAACAGAUGGAACUUUUCAAGAAGAAUAUGGCCGAGCAGGCUGAAAGAAAUAACGCAGAACUGAAGAACAAGCUUGAAGAGAUCUUUUCAAAUUUUGAUAAAAGGCUCAUAUGCGCCCUUGAUCAGUCAAAGAAGAAAAAGCGUCCUCGGAAGUCAAUAGAUGCUCGCCGCCAGUCUGAUUCUUCAGAAGAAGCUUUCCGUGCAGAUCAAGCUCGAAAAGCUGAAUCGCAUCUUAAUCAAAUUCAAAGCUCGAUGCCAGAACGAGCGCCGAGUAUUCCUCAGGCGGAAAACUUCACGCGGGCCUCGCCUUCAAUGAGUCAAAUUCCCCAGCAAGCAGAUCUCUCCACAGUGCCAAGCAUUGCUCAAUAUCAAACAGCUCCGAAUACCAGUUUCCAGUAUUUCUCACAAAUACCGCCUAAUCCACAGACCACGAUGCCUACGCUGCCGUAUGUGAUCCCGACGCAGGUUUACCAACAGUCUCUUCCGAAGAUCACCUCUGCUGCUGAUCACUUUGGGCACGAAGGAACCAGAAUUGCGAAGGAACUAGCUCGAAACUUUCAAGUUAUCAGUCCACAGAUGAUUAACCAGAUGCCGACGCAAAUUAUGGGAACUAACAUGGCGAUGCCACAAAUGCAGCCGGUCCCGCAGCUGAGCCAGCAACAGCUACAACAACUCAAUCAGUACCAACUGCAAUCUGCGUUGUUACAGAACAACGCCAUCGUCCAACAAGCUCAACAACAACAGCAAGUUCCACAGCAACAGCAGCAACAAGCGCCAAACUCCCAGCAACAACAACAACAGCAACAGCAACAACAAGCUCAGCAACAACAACAAGCUCCUCCACCUCAACUUCAAAAUCCGCUCAUUCAACAACAACACCAGCAAAAUCCACCACAGCAAUCAAGAAGUAUACCUGAUCUUUCUACGUCUGGCUCUGUCCACAAUCAUCCAAUAGAAACUCCAGCUGAUCGAACAAAGAACUGGGUAAACCAAAUCAACCCUGUGGAGCCGAUCCAACAGGAUCAAAUGCAACCGCAACAGCAGCAAGCUCAACAACAGCUUCAGCAGAACUCUGUUCAACAGCAGCAAGCGGCGCAACAACAAGCUCCCCCACCGCAACAGCAACCGAACCAGACCCCACAACACCAACAACAACAAGCUCCACAACAGCAGCAAGCGCCGCCGCAGCAGCAGCAACUAUCGGCCGCGCAGCUGUCUCAAAUUCACGCCCAGACUCAUGUUCUUCCUCAAUCUCACCAACAGCCCAUCACUCACGCACAUCUCAUGAGAAGACAAAUGGACCCGAGCCAAGUUGUCUCUCCUCCAGCAACAUCAAUGGGACAACAUGGUCAAAUGCAAGCAAUGCACAUACCAAACGGUUAUCAGAUUAUUUCCAAUACUGGUACUGAAAAUAACUGGUUCGCUUCCAAUUUGCCCACGCACAACUUCCAACAACCGCUGAUGGUUCAGCCUCAAGGGCAGCCGAUGGUCCCUCAACAAAACAUGCCCACGUACCAGCACCAGAAAUCGAUGCCAGACGGCGUACCCGACCAUCACUAA